AUGGAUGACUUCUCUGUUUUUGGAGAUUCUUUUGAUGACUAUCUAAAUCAUCUUGAUACCGUAUUAGCCCGUUGUGAAGAAACGAACUUGGUACUUAACUGGGAAAAAUGCCACUUCAUGGUGCGAGAGGGGAUCGUUCUUGGGCACAAGAUAUCUAGCAAGCGAAUCGAGGUUGACAAGGCAAAGAUUGAAGCAAUUGAAAGAUUACCACCACCUGUUUCAGUUCGGGGAGUGCGCUGCACAGAAAAUCAGGUAGCAGAUCACCUAUCGAGAUUAGAAGAUCGGGAACAUGUGAAUGAAGCAGUGGCGAUUAAGGAGACUUUUCCCGACGAGCAACUCUUUGCUCUUCAAUCAGCUGAGGUGCCAUGGCUGAAGAUUUUCGGGGGAAAGUUUAAGAGUAAGUGGUCUGGGCCAUUCGAGGUGGUUCGUGUGACAGCACAAGGAGCAGUUGAGCUAAAGAUACCCAACUCGGAUGAGACAUUCUUGUUGAACGGACAAAGAGUGAAGCAUUACUACGGGGAGGCCACUGACCGCGCAAGAACCACCAUCGAUCUAAAAGAGGCUUGA